AUGAACCUCAUCCAUAUCUUCCUGCUGCUGGGUAUGGCUGCAUUUGUUCUCCAAGCUGAUUCGCUGCAAGGGUCAAAAGUCUACCUCGGAGAAUCUGUGCUGCUGAAGUGUGCAGUUGAGUCAAACUCCACUGCUCAGUGGGGCUUUGAGUGGGACAAACCAAAAACUGUUCUGACCCUGAACCCCAGGCAUGUGGUCUCAAAUGACAGCUACUUCAUCACCGCUGUAACAAGGGAGGACGCGGGCAGCUACAGGUGCAAAGCAGGACAAACAUCCAGCCAGCCGGUGGAGCUCAUCGUGUCAGAGCUGACCCCUCCCUCGCUGAUUCUGGCUCCCAGCACGAGAUACAUCUUUAGUGGGGAGAGAUUCAGUAUGCGCUGCCCCUCAUCUCAGACGAACGCCAAAGGCUGGAAGCUGAGGCAUUACUCUCCAGACUGUACACAGAGGAGAAAAGCUGUCCAAGGUGACCAAUGUUCACCACUAGAGUGUGCUGUUAUCACAAACAGGACUGAUGCGUGUGUCUUCAAUGCUACCAUUGGGAACAGUGGGCUGUACUGGUGUGAGGGACCUGAGGGUCGCAGCAACUCAGUCAGGAUCUCAGCAAGCUAUGACAAUAUCAUCAUGAAGACUCCAGCCUUCCCUGUAUUUGAGGGGGAUAAAGUAAUUUUGUACUGUCAGUACAAAACAACAAACUACAACGACACAACCUUCUUCAAAAACGGAGCAGUCGUCUCUGUGAUGCCUUCGAGUCCAAACAAUGAGAUAAACAUGACUAUUGAGAACGUAACAAAGAAAGACGAAGGUUCCUACAAGUGUGCAUCCCCGGCCCUAAAGAUGGAGAGUACAGAGAGCUGGUUAUCUGUGAGACCCAAGAGCGACACCCCAGAGGAGACUGAGAUCAGGCUCAUACUCAUAGGGAGUAGAUGGGCUGGCAAGAGUUCAUCUGGUAACACCAUUCUGAGAAAGGAGAGAUUUGAGUGUGGCCGAACAAGAACAGCUCAGUCUGAAGUGAGACAUGGAUUGGUGGACGGCAGGAAGCUCACUGUGAUUGAUGCUCCGGGUUGGAGCAGCUCCCUCUCCCUUGCUGAGAUCCCAGAGGGGGACAAGCAAAGGUUUAAACUCAAUGCAUCCAAGUGUCCGCCUGGACCAAAUGCUUUUCUCCUCGUUAUUCCAAUAGACUCGGCUUUCUCUGUGGAGCAGAAGACGACUGUGGAGGAACACAUGAAGCUCUUAGGUGAACGGGUUUGGCGGUACACGAUGGUGCUGUUCACCUGCGGGGAUUACCUCGGGGAAAAGACAAUAGAAGAACACAUUGAAAGUGAAGGACAGGCACUCAAGUGGUUAAUAGAAAAGUGUUUGAAUAGGUACCAUGUGUUUAAUAACAAGGACAAGAAUAACUUAUCUCAGGUCACAAAGUUGCUGCAAAAGAUCGAAGAGAUGGUGUGGUACAAUGGUGGCAGUUACUACAAGGUAGAAGAGCCCAUUUUCCAAGUCAUCAAAGAGAAGCAAAAGGAGGUGGCUGAGAGAGCAGAAGAGAGAAGGAAGAAGGCCGAGGACCAAAGACAACACAUGAAAACACUCAUUCCAGAAGAGAUGAAACAUAUCCCAAAACUCCAGAUGAUUCUUCUGGGAAGCCGUAAUGUUGGGAAAACCUCUGUAGGGAACACUAUCUUGGGGUACAAAGACCAGGAAGAUGGAAAAAGAACGCCAAAGUCUGUUGCCUGCCGGGGUUUUGUGGCUAAAACUGAAAUCAUUCUUGUUGACACACCAGGCUGGUGGAAAGGCUUCCCUGUGUUCGACACUCCUGAAGCGAUCAAAGAUGAACUGAUGCGCAGCAUGUUUUUGUGCCCUCCCGGGCCCCAUGUGUUCCUCCUGGUGAUAGAUGCAGAUGCAUCAUUUAAUGCCAAACACUUAGAUGCAGUGACAUCACAUGUGGAGCUUCUUGGUGAUGGAGUGUGGAGACACACUAUUAUAGUUUUUACCAGAGGAGACUGGCUGGGAACAAACAGCAUAGAGCAGUACAUCGAAGGAGAGGGGGAGGCCCUACAGUCUCUAGUUGAACAAUGUGGAAAUAGAUAUCAUGUAGUUGAUAAUAAGAAUACCAGCAGAUAUUUCAGACCCUCGAAGAGAGAAGAAGGAAGGUGA